AUGUGUCUGUCUUAUCCGCCCCCCCCCCCCCCCUUAUCGCGGGGUCUCAACGGCCCUCCUCGGCCCCGCUCUGCCGCCUUCAAGGCGUGCCGCUUCCGGGAACUUUUGGACCUCGAGCUUCUAAUUUUGCCCAACGCCCGCCUGAGCCCCUCCAGAACCCCUCCAGAACAACUAGGACUUCUCCGCACUUCUCGAGAUUCUCCCUCCCAUUUUAUCUUCACCGUCACAACCUGCAUGAUCUGCUCUUCGACAGCGAGACGGUCGAUGACAGCAAUCCAGUCUUUGGCAUUUACCAGCCCAACUGCUACUACUACAAGAAGAACCAGAACAUCACCGUUUUCGACCACCGCCUUCGUCAUGGCUCCCCCGCAGGCCGCGCUCGACUUUGUCGACUUUGUCAACUCUUCUCCCACUCCGUACCACGCCGUCAAAUCCGCCUCGGCCCUCUUCGAAAAGGCCGGCUUCACCCUCAUCCGCGAGCGCGACUCUUGGGCAUCGGCCCUCCGCCCCGGCGGCAAGUACUACCUCACCCGCAACGGCUCGUCCAUCGUGGCCUUUACCAUUGGCCGCAAGUGGCGGCCCGGUAACCCCGUCGCCAUCGUCGGCGCCCACACCGACUCGCCCUGCCUGCGCGUCAAGCCCGUCUCCAAGAAGAGCAACGUCGGGUACCUGCAGGUCGGCGUCGAGACGUACGGCGGCGGCAUCUGGCACUCGUGGUUCGACCGCGACCUGAGCCUCGCCGGCCGCGUCAUGGUGCGCGAGGGCGACAAUGUCGUCCAGAGGCUCGUCAAGGUGGACAAGCCGCUGCUGCGCAUCCCCACGCUCGCCAUCCACCUGCACCGCCAGGCAAGCUUCGAGCCCAACAACGAGAUUGAGCUGUUCCCCAUCGCGGGCCUGGCCGCCGCCGAGCUCAACAAGAGCAAGCCCGAGGAGCAGCAGCCCGAGGGCGACGACAACGCCAUGGAGGAGGACGAGGACUUUAAGCCGCUGGAGAAGAUGACGGUGCGCCACCACCCGGCCGUGCUCGACGUGGUUGCCAACGAGGCCGGCGUCGACGUGGCCGCCAUUGUCGACUUUGAGCUGGUGCUCUACGACACGCAAAAGUCCGUCAUCGGCGGCAUCAACGACGAGUUCGUCUUCUCGCCCCGCCUCGACAACCUGGGCAUGACCUACUGCUCCGUCGAGGGCCUCAUCUCCUCCGUCAGCAGCCCCGACGCCCUCGACGCCGACUCCACCAUCCGCCUGACCGUCUGCUUCGACCACGAGGAGAUUGGCUCCCAGUCCGCCCAGGGCGCCCACUCCAACCUGCUGCCGUCGGUGCUGCGGCGCCUGUCCGUCCUGCCUGGCAACCGUGACGCCGCCAGCGACGGCAGCUACGAGCACGUCCACCACGAGGGCGAAGAGGCCACGGCCUACGAGCAGACGCUCUCCCGCUCGUUCCUCGUGUCCGCCGACAUGGCGCACGCCGUCCACCCCAACUACGCCGGCAAGUACGAGUCGUCGCACCAGCCCGCCAUCAACGGCGGCACCGUCAUCAAGAUCAACGCCAACCAGCGCUACGCCACAAACUCGCCCGGCAUCGUCAUGCUCCAGGAGUGCGCCCGCAAGGCCGGCGUCCCGCUGCAGCUCUUCGUCGUCCGCAACGACUCGCCCUGCGGCAGCACCAUCGGACCCGGCCUGGCCGCCAAGCUGGGCAUGCGCACGCUCGACUUGGGCAAUCCCCAGCUCAGCAUGCACAGCAUCCGCGAGACGGGCGGCACUGCCGACGUCGGAAACGCCAUCAAGCUGUUUGCCAAGUUCUUUGGCAGCUACGGCGAGAUUGAGCCCAAGAUCCUGGUUGAUUAA